GAAGCCCAUUAGUCACGUCAUCAUCUUCCUCGUUUUUAUAUCUAGGGUUUGUUUUCAGAAGAGGUUUUGAGCGGCCGCCUAAACCGCCGAACCCAAUUAAAACCACGGCGUAGGAACACUGAUCUUCUCUUUACCCUAAUUUCCUUGAAAUUGCUCUCGCAAGUCUAGAAUCACCCGUAGGGAUCUUUAAGGAGGAGACGAAAUGAGAUUGACCAAUUGUUGGUUUUGUUCUUCAACAAUAUAUCCUGGACAUGGUAUUCAGUUUGUCCGCAACGAUGCAAAGAUUUUCCGGUUCUGUAGGUCUAAAUGCCACAAGAACUUUAAGAUGAAGAGGAACCCGCGUAAAGUAAAAUGGACUAAAGCAUUCAGAGCCGCACAUGGAAAGGACAUGACUAAGGAUAAAACUUUUGAGUUUGAGAAGAAGAGAAACAGACCCGAGAGAUAUGACAGGAACGUUACAGAGAACACGCUCAAUGCCAUUAAGAAGAUUGAUAAGAUCAGAAGCGCAAGAGCAGCCGAUCAUAUCAAAAAGAGGUUGAAGCCAAACAAAAAGAAGAUAAACGAUGAUGCACUUGGUGAGAUUGAUCAACACAUUAACUUGAUCAAGGCACCAGACGCUCUCCAACAAGAUUCAGAGAAGAAGAAGAAAGUUUUGGUCUCCAAAAAGAAGUCUGUUCAAAACGAAGCCAUGGAAGAGUGAUUCUGUGGAAACAUUAAAAUCCAUUUCAAAGAUAUCCACUCACUCUUGAAGCUGUUCACCAAAAAGCCAAAAAAGUUUUGUUUUUUUUGUACCGAUAACAGGACUUUAGAUUGUUUUUCAUUUUGGAUUGUAUUAUUAUGCUACUUGAUAGAAGGGAAACAGACUUAAGACUUAAGAAAGUAAUGUCAUGCCUCUCUUCUUUGGUGGUGCUUUGGUUAAUUUCAUUCUAAUUAU